GAACUCACAGAGAUCCGCCUGGCUCUGCCUCCCGAGUGCUGGGAUUAAAGGCGUGCGUCACCACCGCCCGGCCCAGGUAAGACCUUCUAAAGAGCACAGGACACAGGUUCUGAGAGUGCCUCUCUCCAGAGAGCAAGGCCUGAGCUGCAGCCAUGUCCACCCAGGACCACAGAACAGUGAAUGAGAUUUGUGCACGUCCUGGAAAACUGAAACCACUAAUGAACUCUAAGCAGCUGUGUCUAGGAGUUGGGCAGGCUCGAUGCUGUCUCCCUCUUGGUUUCUGUCAGGCAGAUGGCAGAAUUCAAGGUUAGGAGCAGAUGGCAGUAUUCACAGACAGUCUUACAGUGGUGGUGAGCAGGUCAAAGAUUGGGGAGGUGGGCACUUGACUAUGUACCUUUCAGCUGCUUUUCUUUCCUUUAAAUUAAAAAAAAGUUAUUAUUUUAUGUGCAUGGGUUUUGCCUGCAUGUGUGUCUGUGCACCACAUGCGUGCCCACAGAGGCCAGAAGAGGGCGUGGGUUCCUCUAAAACAGAUGUUUGUGAGCGGUCACGUGGGUGCUGGUAGUCAAACUGGAGUGCAGGAGUCUUAACCACUGAUUUUCAAAUCUGAGUCCGCCCAUGCAUGCACCUCUUUGGGCUCCUGGCCAGUAGGUCCUGAGAGCAGCAGCUUUAGUCUUCUGUACCAUGACCCGAACAACAAAAUGCUUUCAUAGGAGACGCAGUGCACACUUGGACAUUCAUUAAUCUAUGACUGACUUGGAAAGUAAUAUUUGUCUGGCCAGUUCUCAUGUACAUCCCUGAACCCAAUCCUCUGUUCCUGUCCACUUUCUAUGAAGGGCUAGUGACCUGAUGCAAGCUGGGUGAGGUGAUCUUGGGCUUCAGCUCCCAUUGCUGCUAACUUGGGACUUUAUUGGUAACAGUUUUUGUUUUGUUUUGUUUUCUGUGAGUAUUACAUAUGAGCUACUGUGACCCACUCCCAAGCCUGGGGAAAGAACACACAAAACGUUUUUGGACUUGGCUCUCAGGAUCACGAAUAUCCGUAAAACGCCUGGCAAAGUUGCUGUAUCUGGUUCUCAUGGAAAUUUUCUUGGCAGUGAAAACCAUGCAGACCAGAGCUCGCUAAGCCGAUUCCAAGCUCUGUAGUUGGAUCAGUCUGGUGCAGUUUGAGCAGCUGCGUCCCUCGGUCACGCCCACUGCAGUUCAGCCAAUCAACACGACAGAAGGAACUAUUAUUUUAAUAUCCUCGCCCUUUUCAAGACGCAGCCCACGCGAUUGGCUCUCCUCGCCCCGCCCACGAUUCCGGAACUCCAAGUCCCUCUUGCCUCCCGCAGGAUCUGGCCGGGCCACCAUGGACCUGGGCCUUGCAGGUCGGCGGGCGCUGGUGACCGGCGCGGGCAAAGGCAUCGGACGCAGCACUGUGCUGGCUCUGCAGGCGGCUGGUGCACAUGUUGUGGCCGUGAGCCGGACACGAGCGGACCUUGACAGCCUGGUUAGCGAGUGUCCUGGCGUGGAGCCUGUGUGUGUGGACCUGGCCGACUGGGAGGCCACAGAACAGGCCCUCAGCAGUGUGGGACCGGUGGACCUGCUGGUGAACAAUGCAGCUGUGGCUCUGUUGCAGCCCUUCCUUGAGGUCACCAAGGAGGCCUGUGACACGUCCUUCAAUGUGAAUCUUCGGGCUGUCAUCCAGGUGUCUCAGAUUGUGGCCAGGGGCAUGAUAGCUCGGGGAGUCCCAGGGGCCAUCGUCAAUGUCUCCAGCCAGGCCUCCCAGCGUGCACUGACCAACCACAGUGUCUACUGUUCCACCAAGGGUGCUCUGGACAUGCUGACCAAGAUGAUGGCCCUGGAGCUUGGGCCCCACAAGAUCCGUGUGAACGCAGUCAACCCCACAGUAGUGAUGACACCCAUGGGCCGGACCAACUGGAGCGACCCCCACAAGGCCAAGGUUAUGCUGGAUCGCAUCCCACUCGGCAAGUUUGCUGAGGUGGAGAAUGUGGUGGACACCAUCCUCUUCCUGCUGAGCAACCGCAGUAGCAUGACCACUGGCUCCACUCUGCCGGUGGACGGGGGCUUCCUGGCCACCUGAGCCUCGCCACCGUCACUGUGCCCAGCCCCAUGCUCCGAACAUUGUGCUCUCCAUCCCUCCAAUAAACGUCUUUGUCCAGCCUG